UUCAGCCUCGUCGAAUAAUUAUAAAUUAUUAUUUUGGUUUUGGCUAAAUAAUCCCUCUCACUUUCUCGUGAUCUACAGUUGUUUUUUUUAAUCAAGAGGUGAUUAUUGAACUGAUUGUAAUCCCCAUUCUCGUGAGUAUUUUUUCAAGUAACGAUUGUAAAAAGUAUGGAUAUAAAGAUUAAUUUACAAUGUGCUCAUUGCUGUUUCUUGUUUUCUGUCCAUUACUUUUUUUUUAUCUCUUAGCACACUAUUUUAACGAUAAUUGUGUUUUUAUCUUUUCUAAAAUCCGUCAACUUGUAUCUCACUGCAAUUUCAAUAAAACAAGAAUUGCACGAAGAUAUAAAAAGUAAAAAAAAAAAGCAAAGAAGAACACAUUGUAAAUUAGCUUUAAGAGUCGUAUGUAAGCAGAGGUAAGAGAAACAUCGUUCAACGCGAGCGAACAAAGAAUUAAGUGUAAUGUCACUCUCCGUCACUCUUUAACUUAUAGAUCUCGGUUAUGAAAUACACGAUACGUCACACAAGUCGUUUCGAUAACCCGGUAUCUGAAGGUGAAGAUUAUUGCGUGUGGAUUCUCGUUGGAAUUUAUCUCGAUCAGUUGAAAUUCAACCUUGGUGCUUGCAAGAUGACUACGAAGAAUUUGAUUAAUUCGUUCGACGAUGCAGUGUCCGAGGCUUUGUCGGGAUUGGCCUACACGUAUCCGCAAUUAGAGCAUCAUGUAUCGCACAGAGUUGUACUAUCAGCAGACCAUAGGAACCGUCGAGAUAAAGUGGCCUUGGUCUGCGGCGGCGGUAGUGGACACGAACCAUUUGCCGCAGGCUUUGUUGGUAGAGGCAUGUUGACAGCUUCUAUAGCGGGGUCUAUUUUUGCGGCCCCGCCAUCUAUUCAUAUCACGUUUGCUCUUCGGUGUAUCGCGGAGAAUAACAAAGCUGGUAUUAUGGUCGUGGUGCCCAAUUACACGGGGGAUUGUCUGAAUUUCGGUAUAGCGAUCGAGAAGGCUCGACAAGCGGGCGUCACGGUGGAGGAGGUAAUCGUCGAUGACGACUGCAGCAUCCCCGAAAACGAACGGAGCGUCGCCGGUAAGCGCGGACUGGUGGGCAUGCUGUUCGUUAUCAAGAUCGCGGGUGCUUUCGCCGAAAAGGGUUUUCCUCUGUGUCAGGUAGCGGAAAUUGCGCGACAUGUUUCACAAAGUAUCGCGACCUACGGAGUUGGACUGUCCGCGUGCACUAUACCAGGUCAAGGUCUUAUGUUCGAGCUUGCACAGGAUGAGGUAGAGUGUGGAAUGGGGGUGCACGGAGAAGCGGGAUACGAGAGAAUUAAGCUUAGGACCGCAUCCGAAUUGGUGACGCUAAUGCUGAAGCGCAUUUGCGAGGCCUUAUCUUUGUCCGCUAAUGACUCGGUCGCGGUUAUAGUCAACAAUUUCGGUGCUUUAAGUCAAUUGGAGCAAGGAAUCGUCGUCUAUGAAGUUGUAAAUCAGUUGCGAAACAUGAGUAUACAUCCCGCUCGCGUCUAUUCCGGUAGCUUGAUGACAUCUUUAAAUAGUGCCGGGAUACACAUAAGUUUGUUAAAGUUGAACGAAAGCCAUGGGGACGUAUUCAUCGAGUGUCUCGAUGAAGAAACGGCCGCACCUUGUUGGCCAGGCUGUGCCUACAGUGUACCUUCAACUUUAACGAGCACCCCAUCGAAAGAUACGGAGAGGAAAGAAGUGAAGAAGAUAGGAAUAGCGUUGAACGUGCGCGACCAGCAUCUGAUUAAAUCGUGUUUGAAAGACGCCUGUGUCGCCGUUAUCGAGAAGGAAGCGUAUCUCAAUGGACUGGAUCGCGGUUGCGGAGACGGAGACUGCGGAUCGACGUUGAAACGAUUUGCCGAUGGUAUUUUAAGUAAUUUGGAUAAUUUGUCCGUGUCGCAUCCGGCAGCGUUAUUAACGGAAAUCGCGAAUAUUGCGGAGGAACGCAUGGGUGGAUCUUCUGGAGCACUCUAUUGUUUAUUUUUUACGACUAGCGCAAAAGUGUUGGCGUCAUUCGAGCAAGAGGAAGACAUGCGACUGAUUUGGUUUAACGCAUUUCAGAGUGGAUUAAAUUGUUUGGAGAAAUACGGAAAAGCGAAAGCUGGCGAUAGAACUAUGAUCGAUACAAUGCACGCGGCGUGUACGACAUACGAAAAAUUGUUAGAAGAAAAUCCGAGUGAUUUUUAUGACAAAAUAGCUACGGCGGCGUGGGAAGGAUGCUAUUCUACAAAACAUAUGAAACCAAAAGCAGGACGAGCUAGUUAUAUAAAACAAACUCAAUAUUUAAUGGAUAUGGACGCUGGAGCGUAUGGCGCAGCAAUAUGGAUUGCAAGCAUUGUACAGACGAUUACGCAUUUCAAGGAAUAACACACUCCUUUUUCUUUUGUCUUUUUUUCGUGUUUCCUAUUCAAUACUUGAUCGUUAUCGUAAAGAUUAUUAUAGAAGAAAUAAAAAACUUAAUAAUAAAUAACAAGUUUAUUAAAACAUAAAGGAAUUAACUAACGAUUAGAUAUAUAUCUAUAUAUUAGAUAACUAUAGAACAUUUUCUCCUAUAGAACAUUUGAAAUAACGCCGAUAUUAUGUCAUAUAUACUAUAUCUAUAUAUUGACUGUAUGACUAUAUGAAAUAAAAAUAGUUGUUUUUGCUUUUGUAAAUACAAUAAAAGUACAUUUUUUAAAAAUAUACAUUCCCGAUAGAUAUAUAAAUAUUUAAUAACGUAGAGAUUCUCAAACUUAACUAGAUAUCUCAAACUUAACGUGAGAGAUGACAUAGAAUUCGCAUUAUUGUUUGGCAGUAUUUUGCCGAUUAAUCGGAUUAUAAUUUAUCUGCAUCGACGAUCCUUAAAGUAUAGACAGAUCAAACUUACCGCUUUAUUUUAUUUUACACGCCAAUAUAGAAUAAAUAAGUAAUUGUGUGU